AUGACUUUUCAUUUCUUCUUACAAAUAAGUGGAGAUCCAUUGACUCGGAGGUGUUCCAUUGCUUCAGAACGACCAUCGUCCUCGAAAGCUGGUACAGCCACGCCACCGCUGAAAAGAUCAGUGGAGGGUAGUUCGAUGCGUAGUUCGUCUUCAUCGUCUACGGGAACCAACAGCUCGGCCAGACUAGCUUAUGAGAUGAAUAGUGCUACUUUUUUUAUGAAUAAAGAACAACACACUCUCUUUAAGAAAUCAUCUCCGCUUGUAUCCACAGACAGGUUACGAGGAACCUUACAGCAUCAUCAGGAACGUUCGGAAGCUUCAGUCGAAAAUAAAGUGAAGGAUCUGCUUAUGAACGCUCAAGUGGAACAACAAAGGCUUGCCAAACAGCUCUCGCAGCCACCAUCAACGUACCUCUCAACGUCGUCCAAAACUGUUCGGGGUCCGCCGUCAUUGCCAGGCACACGACUUGUUGGACGAACGCCAGAUGCCCAGUAUGCUACGAUAAAGAAUGAAGCCGAGGAAGUUGUUUCUUCUACAACCACGUCCAUUGAUACUUCUCACUCGGGACUGCGACCAUUGGCACCGCGUCCAUCAUCCUCACAAACCACUCGAGAUUUGGCCAAGGUUGUUGGACAGAUUCGUCAAAAAGUUGAUCCGGAAGAGCGACGAUCUCCUACCUCAUCAACGUCCACAGCGACUCCUCCGAUGCAAGCUCAGUCGCCUGCACCUUCAGCGGCCGCACAGCAAAGAUCACAUGAUAUCUUAUUACUGACCAAAGACGAGAUCCCAUUGAAGGAAAGGAUAAUCUCGUUUUCUUUGUAG